AUAUGUAUAUCGCAGGGCAACAAGUAAUCAUUAUUUUUUAUUUUAUUUUAUUUUAUUUUUUUAUUUUCUUAAAUGUACAUGUAUACAAAUGGCUAAACAUGCUUUUUAAUAUUCUUCAUUUACAGUGACUCGCUCGAUUGAAGCAUGGUUCCCAAUUAACACACAAAAAGAAGAAUAUAUUGCACUUUUAAAUAGUGAAUCAGCCAUCCCAGAACAUCAUUUACGUGCAGCCCUUUUGCGUCGAGCCAUGGAGGCCGUCCGUCGUCUUAUCCAAGUCCAACAAGAAAAGCCUGCUCUACAACAGUUGAUGAAAGCAGGUAGCAUAGGUGAUGAUCUUUGGCAGGAGUUUAGUGCAGCUGAACAAGAAAUCACAGCCGAGUUACAAGAAAUUGCAUUAGAGGCCAACACCUUUAAAGAAGGAUGGGGACAGACAAUCUUUAGUACAGCAGCUCAAAUGUUAGAACAUGAAAAACAAAAGCAACUGCAAGUAGAAAUGAAGGCUAUGCUAGAAGAAGAAACACUACGCAAGAAGAAGGAGGAGGAAAGAGAAGCCAAGGAAGCUAAAGAGAAUGAAGCUAGACGUGCCAAAGAGGCUAAAAAAGCCGAAGAAGAAUUAUUGAGAAUGGAAGAGCAAGAAAAGAAAGCAGCAGCUGCUAAAAAGAAAUAAAUCCAUGCGCUUUUUUCUAUAUACAUAUAUAUAUCAAUAUAUAAAAAUUGAAUAAAAUAAAUAAGCUAUAUUAUUUAUGGAUGAGUUAUUCUUUUAUAUUCUCCUUAAAAAAACAGAAAAAGAUAAAAGAAAAAAAAAAACUUGUUUAAUGUAGUACAGUAGAUUCUGUCAACUAUGAAUGUCGUUGAC